AUGAGUACUGAUUUUGAUAGAAUAUAUUUGAACCAAUCUAAAACAAAUGGUAGAUUCCGUAUUGCAGAUUCUGGUUUAGGUUGGAAAGGUAGUUCAAGUGGUGGUUCAGCAUCCAAUCAUGCUAAGGGCCCAUUUCUAUUACCUGCAACUGAAUUAUCAACUGUUCAAUGGAGCAGAGGUUGUAGAGGUUAUGAAUUAAAAAUCAAUACCAAAAAUCAAGGUGUCGUUCAAUUGGAUGGUUUCUCCCAAGAUGAUUUUGAUUUAUUGAAAGGUGACUUUCAUCGUAGAUUUGAUGUUCAAUUAGAACAUAAGGAGCAUUCCUUACGUGGUUGGAAUUGGGGUAAAACUGAUUUAGCUAGAAAUGAAAUGGUUUUCGCUUAUAAUGGUAAGCCAACCUUUGAAAUUCCAUAUAAAAGAAUUAACAACACUAAUUUAACUACAAAAACCGAAGUAGCUAUUGAAUUUGAUAUCCAAAAUGAAGAAUAUCAACCUGCUGGAGAUGAACUAGUUGAAAUGAGAUUUUAUGUUCCUGGUGUUAUGGAAGAUGAAGAAGAUUCUCAAGAAUCUAAACCAAAGGUUGAAGGGGAAGAUGUAGAUGGAGAUGUAGAAAUGGAAAAACCAGCUGUCAAAGAAAAAAGUAUCGCUGAAAAUUUCUAUGAAGAAUUGAAAGAAAAGGCUGAAAUUGGUGAAAUCGCUGGUGCUUCUAUUGUUUCUUUCCAAGAUGUAUUCUUUGCUACUCCAAGAGGUCGUUACGAUAUUGAUGUUUAUAAGAAUUCUAUCAGACUUAGAGGUAAAACUUAUGAAUAUAAAUUACAACAUCGUCAAAUCCAAAGAAUAAUAUCACUUCCUAAAGCUGAUGAUAUCCAUCAUUUGGUUAUCUUAUCUAUCGAACCUCCUCUACGUCAAGGUCAAACUCCAUAUCCAUUUCUAGUAUUACAAUUUCAAAAGGAUGAGGAAACUGAAGUUGAAUUAAACUUGGAAGAUAAAGAAUUUGAAGAAAAUUAUAAGGACAUUCUUAAGAAAUCAUACGAUUCCAAGACACAUAUUGUAAUCAGUCAUGUUUUGAAAGGUUUAACUGGGCGUAAAGUUAUUGUUCCAGGUGAAUAUAUAUCUAAAUAUGAUCAAUGUGCUGUUUCUUGUUCGUAUAAGGCUAAUGAAGGUUAUUUAUAUCCACUUGAUAAUGCAUUCCUGUUCCUAACGAAACCAACUUUAUAUAUUCCGUUUUCUGAUAUUAGUGCUGUAAAUAUUUCAAGGGCUGGUACAUCUUCUACUUCAUCAAGAACUUUUGAUUUGGAAGUUGUUUUAAGAGCUAAUAGAGGUAGUACUACAUUCGGUAAUAUAAGUAAAGAAGAACAGCAAUUGUUGGAAACGUUCUUAAAAUCUAAGAAUUUAAGAGUUAAGAAUGAAGAAAAAGAAGCUCAAACAAGAUUACAAACUGCAUUGGGUUCUGACAGUGAUAAUGAUGAUAUCGAUAUGGGUUCUGCUGGUGAAGAUGAUGAAUCUGCAGAUGAUGAAUUCAAAGCAAGUUCCAGUGAUGAGGAUGUAGCAGAAGAAUUCGAUUCUCAAGCAGAAAUGAGUAGUGAUGAAGAGGAGGGUAGUGGAGAUGAAAGACCUUCAAAGAAGGCCAAAACUGAUUAG